AACACAGUUUCCGAAAAGGAAAAAAAGUAAAAUCCGGAGGAAAAUGAUGAGGAGCGUGAAUCGAGUGUUGUUCUGCAGAUCAUCGUCUUUCGUUCUCCUCGUCCCGUCCCUCGCUCGCUCUCAGCUCCGAUUCAGCUUCUCCGCCGCCGGAUCUCCAGCUCUUCCUAAUCGGACGAUCCACCGCAUGGCCGCUGGGGCUUCUCACUCCUCCUCGUCGUCUCUCUCCGGCGGCGACGACGGCGCCGUUCCACGUACCUCCGGUAAUGACGCGGCGACUCACUCUUCUGCGGCUGCCUCGGCUAUCGAUUUCCUCACGCUUUGUACUCGUCUCAAGAUGACGAAAAGAGCUGGAUGGGUUAAGAGAAAUGUGAAAGAUGCAGAAUCAAUAGCUGAUCACAUGUACCGGAUGGGAUUGAUGGCUCUGAUCUCUUCAGAUAUACCCAGUGUGGACAGAGACAAGUGCAUAAAAAUGGCAAUUGUUCAUGACAUUGCAGAAGCCAUUGUUGGGGACAUAACCCCUUCUGAUGGGAUCGCGAAGGAAGAGAAAAGUCGAAGAGAAAGGGAAGCACUUGAACACAUGUGCCAACUCUUGGGUGGAGGACCAAGAGCCAAGGAAAUUGCUGAACUAUGGGCAGAAUACGAAGAAAACUCCUCACCAGAAGCCAAAGUUGUUAAAGAUUUCGACAAGGUUGAAAUGAUACUACAAGCCUUGGAAUAUGAAAACGAGCAAGGGAAGGAUCUAGAAGAAUUUUUCCAGUCGACCGCCGGGAAGUUUCAGACGGAGAUAGGGAAAGCUUGGGCGUUGGAGAUAGCUUCAAGGAGAAGAAGUAAACACUGAUCUAAUUGGCACCAAAAAGGGUACAAAAAUAAAUAAGAUUUGCUUUGGCGAGGUUUUCAUUGUUCUUCAAGAAUCGAUCCAUGGCUCUGGUCGGUUAAUAACGUUUUCCUGGUCCCAACAUCUCAAGUAUGCACUUCAACUCCAUUACAUUUGUCUGGUGGUGGAAUCGCUUCUUUCCCUUUUAAUUUUGAUGACUAUAUAAGCAAAUGUAUUUAAUGUCCUAAUCAACAGCCAGUUCUUAGGCCAACCCAAAUGAUCCUUCUUCACAUUUCA